UCUCCAUUAUCUGAAAAUCUUUAAUUUAUAAUAUGUAAAACUCUUUAGUCAUAAAUAUCACUUUAUUUCUAAAUUGGUACACAGACCUACAUGACCACUACUUUCACAUUCUAUUUUGGGUAACGCUGAAGAUAGAGUGCUAUGUGCCUAGCAUUUGGGAAAUAUUCUAUUACACUUAGCAUCUUCAAUUAAGACAACUUGACACAAUAUAGUGGAAAGAACACAGAUUCAAACAGAUUCAACUCAAAUUUCCUGGGUUCAAAUCCCACCCCUCAUACUUCUUAUAUGAAUGUGAACAAGUCACUUGACAUUUCUCACUUACAGUUUUUUCUUCUCUGAAAUGAUGAGGUUGGAGUAGGUGGCCUCUGACAUCCUUUCUAGCUCAAGCUUUACUGUUCUAAUAUUUUAUUGCUCAAAAAAGAAAAGAAAAGAAAAGAAAAGAAACAUCAGCCAUAAAAUGAAAGCAGAUGGUGGGCUAUUCCAACCAUCUGCUUUCAUUUUUUUUAAAUGAACAAAAUGUAGCCAUUCUUAUUUCUUUUGUAUCUUAUCCUCUCUGGUAGGUAACAGAAUAAGUUACAUUAAAAUAGUGUUUUAAUAUUUUCAAAUUGUUUCCUUCACAUAACUUUUAUCCUCAUAAUCUUUGAAAUUUAUCCUUUAGGGGAAAUGUCCAGAAAUGUUGCUUUUUUAAAAAAAAAAUUUCCCUUUAAUGAAAAGUAAUUAGAAUAUAGACUCAAAAACUUGGAAUGGAAAUUACUUUACACGUAGCCCAGUCCAACUGCAUCAUUUAUUAAAAUUUUCUAUUAAAAGUAGUUUCCUUCAGUCUUGGAAAAAAAAUAGGUACUUUUCAUAAUCCUGGGUUUUAGUUAUUUAUUUUUUUUGAUAGGUUGAUUUGGUUUUUAUUUAAGGGACAUCAUUUUGCAGUGGUAAAAAGACAAGCUUUGGAAUUACUACAUCCUGGAAUAUCAUUUAACAUCUAAAUUUUUUAUUAUCUCUAAAGUAAAGAGGUAAAAGGCUGGAGCAGAAUCUAUUAUGCUUCAGGUGAAGUCAAAAAAGCAGGGGUAGCCAUCCUUAUCUCAGAUCAAGCAAAAGCAAAAAUUGAUCUAAUUAAAAGAGAUAAGGAAGGAAACUAUAUCUUGCUAAACAGUAGCAUAGACAAUGAAGCAAUAUCAAUACUAAACAUAUAUGCACCAAGUGGUAUAGCAUUUAAGUUCCUAAAGGAGAAGUUAAGAGAGUUGCAAGAAGAAAUAGACAGCAAAACUGUAAUAGUGGGAGAUCUCAAUCUUGCACUCUCAGAAUUAGAUAAAUCAAACCACAAAACAAAUAAGAAAGAAGUUAAAGAGGUAAAUAGAAUAUUAGAAAAAUUAGGUAUGACAGAUCUUUGAAAAAAACUGAAUGGAGACAGAAAGGAAUAUACUUUCUUCUCAGCAGUUCAUGGAACCUAUACAAAAAUUGACCAUAUGUUAGGACAUAAAGAUCUCAAAAUUAAAUGCAGGAAGGCAAAAAUAGUAAAUGCUUUCUUUUCAAAUCAUGAUGCAAUAAAAACUAUAUGCAACAAAAAGUUAGGGGUAAAUAGACCAAAAAAUAAUAGGAAACUAAAUAAUCUCAUGCAAAGUUAAUGUAAUCAAAUCAGUAACAGAUAUCUAAUACUUUAAGACCACCUCUUUUACUUAAAGACAUUUAUCUAUAGCAUAAUUCCGUUUAAAUCACGUUGUCAUUGUUCAAAAAAAAAAAACAUUGUAGAAAUGCUCUAAAAUUAUGCUUUUCAUAUUAAUGUCAUGUUUUAAUAUUUGUUUUAAUUGUAUUUUAGUUAUAUCAGAAGAAAAUUCUUCAGAAGCCUCUAUAGAAAGACUCCCUGAAAAACCAGGAGCUGACGAUUCCUGGCAAAACAUGGAUGACGAAAUUAAUUUUGAAAAAGAGGAAGAUUCAGCAGAUGCAGAGGAGGAAGAAAAGAAAAAUGAUGUAUUGGAUAACAAAUUUACUGUUAAACAAAAACCUUGUGAAAAUCCAAUUAUUCCCAAAGGGCUAGAAGCUCCUGGGACAUCAGCCAAAGGUGCUGUAAGAAAAAGACUGGACAAAGAAGACGACAGCGACUCACCCUGGGAUUCGGAGGAAUAUAUAUCGGACCCAGAGGUGGACAAAAAACACAUUGUCAUCUACCCCGACUCUGGUACCAAGAUACAAAAAAGUCCAGAAGAUGCAAAUAUUCCCAAAGGGGUAGAAGCUCCUGGGACGUCAGCCAAAGGUGCUGUAAGAAAAAGACUGGACAAAGAAGACGACAGCGACUCACCCUGGGAUUCGGAGGAAUAUAUAUCGGACCCAGAGGUGGACAAAAAACACAUUGUCAUCUACCCCGACUCUGGUACCAAGAUACAAAAAAGUCCAGAAGAUGCAAAUAUUCCCAAAGGGGUAGAAGCUCCUGGGACGUCAGCCAAAGGUGCUGUAAGAAAAAGACUGGACAAAGAAGACGACAGCGACUCACCCUGGGAUUCGGAGGAAUAUAUAUCGGACCCAGAGGUGGACAAAAAACACAUUGUCAUCUACCCCGACUCUGGUACCAAGAUACAAAAAAGUCCAGAAGAUGCAAAUAUUCCCAAAGGGGUAGAAGCUCCUGGGACGUCAGCCAAAGGUGCUGUAAGAAAAAGACUGGACAAAGAAGACGACAGCGACUCACCCUGGGAUUCGGAGGAAUAUAUAUCGGACCCAGAGGUGGACAAAAAACACAUUGUCAUCUACCCCGACUCUGGUACCAAGAUACAAAAAAGUCCAGAAGAUGCAAAUAUUCCCAAAGGGGUAGAAGCUCCUGGGACGUCAGCCAAAGGUGCUGUAAGAAAAAGACUGGACAAAGAAGACGACAGCGACUCACCCUGGGAUUCGGAGGUGGAAUUAGAAGGGGACUUCUAG